CUAGGCGCGUGGGUGACAGUGAGAUAUGAUUGACCGAAUAGGUGAGAAAUUUGAUUAAUAAAUUAGCAGAAGCAGAAACAGGAGACGCAGCAAGAGGAGAAAGAAAAAGAGCAGCUGUGAGCUGUAUCUUCGGCGUUAUUUGCUGUCACCCACUUCUCCAUCAUCACCUCCUACCCUUGCAUUUCAUCCUUAAAGCUUUCAACUUUCUUUUACAAGAAAAGAAAGACGAGUUGCAGAGGGCAGAUCUCUCCUUUUCAUAUGUAUAUGAAAUAAGCAAAGAUGGCACUGAAUCGGUUUUCUUUAUUUCUCUUCUUUCUUCUGUUGAUUGUUGCCUUUGCUCCUCCUUCUGCUUCCAGUUCUAUUUCAGAUUCUGUUUUUCAAUCCCAUGAUUCCACAGGCAGGAAUCUGCUUCAGGCUAAGAAAGCCUGCCCAUUAAACUUCGAGUUUCUGAACUAUACAGUCCUCACGAGCCAAUGUAAAGGACCUAAGUAUCCUCGUGAUCCAUGUUGUAAAGCAUUCAAGGACUUUGCUUGUCCUUAUGCUGAUUAUUUGAAUGAUUUGACCAAUGAUUGUGCGUCAACCAUGUUCAGCUACAUUAACCUAAACGGAAAAUACCCACCUGGCCUUUUCGCUAGUGAAUGCCGAGAAGGGAAACUGGGGCUCGCAUGCCCUGCACUGGCGCCUUCACAGUUGGCUAAUGAUAGUGGGAGUCAGAUUAUUCGCUAUCCAUCCCUGCUGCUGAUGCUCACAUCUAGCUUCCUAGUGUUGUUAGUUCACUUGUUUUGAAGGCUUGAAAUGUUGAUUAUAUAUUUAUUCUCCAAUAAUUGAAUUAUAUUCUUAACCAUUAUUACCUUCUUUGUUAUUUCAUUGUAUUUGUGCUAGAGUUAAAUUCAUCCGUCAGGCAUUGUGAAAAUUUAAUUUGUAUAUUGGUUUGUGAUUUGCUGCCCAAGUGGUAGGUUUUAGUGCUUGGUUGUAUUGAGUGAUUAAUGAUUCAACACUUAGAGCUAUAUGUACUUCAAAAUUUAAAUACAACGACUCCUCCAGUUUCAUUUCUUCAA